AUGCAAGUCAGCCAUGCAUUAGAGCUUCCGCUGCACUGGAGAGUGCAGAAACUUGAAGCAAAGUGGUUCAUAUAUGUGUACGAGAAUAGACACGAUGCAGACUAUACUAUACUCGAAUUUGCUAAGUUGGAUUUCAACAUCGUACAGGCUAUGUAUCAAGAUGAAAUAAAACAAAUGUCAAGGUGGUAUAAAGCAAGCUGUGUUACGGAGAAGUUGAGCUUUGCUCGGCACAGAUUGGUGGAGUGCUUCCUGUGGGCAUUGGAAUUCACUCCAGAGCCACAAUUUCGAUACAGUAGAAGGAUUUUAACCAAUAUUGGUGUACUAGUAACAAUUAUUGAUGACUUCUAUGACGUAUAUGGGAGCUUAGAUGAACUUGAGCUUUUUACUGAUAUAGUGGAGAGGUGGGUGUUCAUAUAUGUGUACGAGAAUAGAGACGACGCAGACUAUACUAUACUCGAAUUUGCUAAGUUGGAUUUCAACAUCGUACAGGCAAUGUAUCAAGAUGAAAUAAAACAAAUGUCAAGGUGGUAUAAAGAAAGCUGUGUUACAGAGAAGUUGAGCUUUGCUCGGCACAGAUUGGUGGAGUGCUUCCUGUGGGCGUUGGAAUUCACUCCAGAGCCACAAUUUAGAUACAGUAGAAGGAUUUUAACCAAUAUUGGUGUACUGGUAACAAUUAUUGAUGACUUCUAUGACGUAUAUGGGAGCUUAGAUGAACUUGAGCUUUUUACUGAUAUAGUGGAGAGGUGGGACAUCAAUGCAUUAGACCAGCUUCCAGAAUACUUGAGGAUUUGUUUCCUUUUUCUCUUCAACUCCAUUAAUGAAAUGGCUUACGAUGUUCUUAAAGAGCAUAAUUUCAACAUAAUCCCAAACGCCAGGAAAUUGUGGGCGGAGCUUUGUAGACUCUAUUUGAUAGAAGCUAGAUGGUAUAACAGUGGGUAUUUUCCCAGCCUGAGUGAGUACCUCAACAUAGCCGUGACAUCCUCAACAGGACCUUUGCUUCUUUUUCAUGCUUUUGUUACCACAAUAAACCCAUUAACAAAGAAGGAUCUGGGACGUCUGGAGCAAAAACCCGGUAUCAUUCACUGGCCAUCACUGAUUCUUCGUCUAAUAGAUGACUUGGGAACUUCGACUGAUGAACUCAAGAGAGGUGAUGUUCCAAAAUCAAUCCAGUGUUACAUGAAUGACACAGGCUGUUCCGAAGAGGAUGCUAGAGACCACAUUGAGAAUCUAGUAGAUGUGACAUUGAAGAAAUUGAAUAAAGAUAUACUAAUGGACUGCUCCUUCAAGGAUUUCGUUGGUCCGGCACUUAAUCUGGCAAAGAUUUCUCGAGGCUUUUACCUGUAUGGAGAUGGAUUUGGAGUUCCUCAUCUCCAGACUAAAAAGGACUUAACUUCACUAAUUGUUGAACCAAUUCCACUGCAACAAUUCCGUGGGGACGUGUAA